AUGUGGGAGCCUAAUAGGAUGCAGGAGAGACCUGGGCCACCCCAGGGGCCCAGAGAGGAAGGGGGAAGGGAGGUGAGGGACCUUGGAGAGAGGAGGGAGCCAGACCAUAGCCUGAAGCUGCUUCAGGAACCCAUGGUGGCUGCAGGGGCCCAGAACCUUGGCAACCCCCGGCCCGGCUUCAUGAAGUGCCUGCUGGAGGUGGAGGAGGAGGAGGCCACCCAUCGGAGAGCCACCAAGGCCCGCGCCCUGCCAAACCGGAAGUCCCCCAGGACUCUCACUCCCGUGCCUAAUUCCCCCCCAGCUGGCAGCUCAGCCCCAAGCCUGCCUCUGACCCUGCCUCAGACCUCUGCCUCGGCCCCUGCCGUGGCCCCAUCCCGGGCCCGGCCACCAGCCCCUGGGCCAGUCCCUGGGCCAGUCCCUGUCCCCAUGGGAGUCCCCAUCAUGGCCCUGCCCAUCCCCAUGUCAGACCUGGGCUGGAGAAGGACAGAACUUUUGCACCACGGCAGGGAAAGGAGCCUGGACUACCCCAAGGCACGGCAGGAGCUGGAAGAGCACUGCCUCCAGAAGGUGUGUCAGACCUGGGAGGAGAGGUCGGAGGAGGAGAACCUCACGCUGCAGCAAGAGGAAGCCUUCCGCAGCUACUUUGAGAUCUUCAAUGGUCCUGGUGAGGUGGACGCACAGAGCCUGGAGAACAUCCUGGUCCUCGUGGGCAUCUCCCUGACACCGGCCCAGAUGGAGGAUGCCCUGAUGAGCGCUGAUAUUGAUGGAGACGGUCACGUGAACUUCAAAGACUUCUUGGCUGUGAUGACAGACACCAAGCGCUUCUUUUGCUCUGUGGAACAGAAUGCCCUGAUGGACAUGGCUCCCCCAAACCCCCACACUCUGCUCUUUGAGAUCCUGUCCCUGCUGGUGGAGAUGCUGGCUUUACCUGAGGCAGCCUUAGAGGAGAUCACCAGCUAUUACCAGAAGAAGCUGAAGGAGGGCACUGGUAAGUCCCGAAAGAUGGAAUCAGCCACAGGCCGGCUGCGGUCCCGGAAGAAGCUCUCCUACAACCCCCAGCAGGCAGACGUCUUGGAAGUCCCCGAGCGAAGAGUCCUCAGGAUCCUGAGCCGGCUGAAGCAGCAGAACUUUGCUGCCAACCUGCAAAGCCCCUAUGCUCAGGUGCCUUGCAUCCCGCUCUGCCCGCAGCUGGAUAAGAGGGUGAUCCGACGGAAGCAGGGCAGCCACUACCUACUGGACCAGUGCACUCCCACCAGCCUGGGCCCUGACAUUCAUAGCUUCUUCUUCCAGACUGGAUCUCAAGGAGGCAGGGAACUCAGCUGUGACAGCAGAAAGUGGCUCAAUUCUGCGCCGGCUCGAACCCACUGACCCUGCGGAACCUUGACUCUGGGCAGCUGCUCAGGGCCUGCAGAUGGAUGGGUCACCAGGCAGGGACCGCUGCUGGGUUUUGCUUUUGUGGCCUGGUAAGCCAAUAAACAACUAACCUCAGCCUCUGUGCCUGGUGCCAGGGAGGCCCCAGGUUUUCACACUUCCACUCAGCUCUUAGAGUGCAGGGCCACAGCCUCCCUCAGGCUUUGGAGCCCCUGAAGCAAGACUCACCUUAAGACUCUGCCCAGGGUCGGGGUCCUGCUAGAGGUGGCCCUGGGUGCAGCCUUGACCUUCUGUGCACUCUCAAAGCACGUAACUGGGACUCCUUAGAUGGCUGUCUCCUGCCUUGGACUGGGAGUCCUGCGAGGCACUUGCGCAAAGGGGACGGUGAACACAAGGGAAGUGCCUGGCAAAGACCCUGACCCCUAAAACAGGCAGACCCCAUGGAAAGGCAGGAGGGGCCUCAGCCAUGCUCUCACCAGCAGAAACCCAGUGAUCCCCAUCCCUUGGAGCCUUGGCCCCCAACCCACACACCACCCCAUCCUAUUACCCAGAGAGUGAGCCCCUUCCUGGGACUGAGCAGAGGUAGCUCCCCAGUGGUUAAACAAGCAGCCACCCCAAGAGGUUAGGAGGCCAGAAACUGAAAUAAGGACAAGGCUCUGACA